AUGCACAGUAGGAACCAGAAGGAGACGCUCUCUCAAAACUAUCGCCGUCUCGGCCUCACAUCGCGCCUCAAUCACGCCACUGGUGGCCAAGAAAAGACAAUCGCCCUUCUCGGCCUGAACGACCCCAAGUCCUCGCGCGCUGACAUCGCCGCCGGCAGCACUGCAAAUGCCCUCAACAUCGUCUCCAAAGCGCCGCAAACCAUCGAUGUCGAAGAGCUGGAAGUCGAGCGCGAUCCAGAGACCGGCGCUAUUCUGCGGGUCAUUGGGCAGAAAGAGGAGACUGCAAACCCGCUAAACGACCCGCUCAACGAGCUCGACGACGAUGAAGCCGACGAGUGGGACGGCUUUGCCAUGGUCCCGGAACACGGAGAACAAGAGCAAGUGAACCCAGUCAUCCGAGAGUUGGAAGAAGCUGCCAAGAACGGAGAGAGGAAGGCGCCGAGAAAACAGAGCCAGAGAGAAGAAGAGUGGUUAGAGAGGCUGGUGGCCCGUUAUGGCGACGACUAUGGCCGCAUGGCACGUGACCGGAAGCUGAACCCGAUGCAGCAGACCGAGGCGGAUAUCAAGAAGCGCGUCAAGAAGUGGCAGGCGUCGCAGGCGUCGCAGGCAUGA